AUGACAGGCCAAAAUGGUCUAGGUCAUUGCUUCGCCAAGCUCCUAGGCAUCAAACUCGAGGGUCAAAAGCGAGACCAAUACGCCCAAAUGAGUGAUCAUUCAGUUCUCUCAUCACAGAAUGGCGGUUUCUUUUAUGAGUCCGAGCCCACGUCAGCGGAAUGGGUCAAAGAACAAAUCCCAUCAAAAGAGGAUCUCAUCACAUACGGAGUUUCAUUAUUCCCCUUCUCGAAUUGGAUAAGCCACUACAAUCUGCAAUGGUUUGCAGGUGACCUGGUUGCUGGUAUUACUAUCGGUGCAGUCGUGGUUCCACAAGGAAUGGCUUAUGCCAUGCUCGCCAACCUGGAACCUCAGUUUGGUCUCUACUCGUCUUUCAUAGGGGCUUUGAUCUACUGGAUAUUCGGAACAUCCAAGGACAUCUCGAUUGGUCCCGUUGCCGUCCUUUCCACCGUCGUGGGCAACGUUGUUCAUGACAUUCAGAACUCUGGGCAAGAAAUGCCAGCUCAUGUAAUUGCUUCGGCCUUGUCUAUUUCUGCUGGAUUUGUAGUUCUUCUUAUUGGGCUUCUCAGGUGCGGGUGGAUCGUGGAUCUCAUCUCCAUUACCUCGCUCUCGGCCUUCAUGACUGGUUCUGCUAUCACAAUUUGCGUUGGCCAACUACCGGCACUACUUGGUCUGUCAGGCUUCUCGACUCGGGACUCACCAUACAAAGUCUUCAGAAAUACUAUCGAGCAUCUGGGAGAGGCAAACUAUGAUGCCAUCGUCGGGUUGUCUGCUCUGACCAUUCUGUACCUCUUUCGCCAGGGUUUCACCGUCGCUGCGGAGCGAUAUCCUAAGCACAAGAGAUUCCUGUUCUUCACUAACACGAUGCGAACAGUGUUCGUAAUAAUAAUGUACACAACUAUCAGCUGGGCUCUAAAUAAGCACAGGCGAGAUGAUCCCCUCUUCAAAAUUCUAGGAGCUGUGCCAAAAGGCUUUCAGAACAUCGGAGUGCCCAAAAUAACAUCAGAUCUUAUCUCAGGUUUCAGUCCUUACUUACCAGCAACCGUCAUUGUCUUACUCGUCGAGCACAUCGCCAUUUCCAAGUCAUUCGGACGAGUCAACAACUACACAAUUGACCCUUCGCAGGAAAUGGUUGCUAUUGGAAUGGCCAAUCUCAUCGGGCCCUUUCUUGGAGCAUUCCCAUCUACGGGAUCUUUCAGUCGCACGGCUAUUCAGUCGAAAGCUGGCGUGAGAACGCCAGCUGCUGGUAUAAUUACUGGACUUGUCGUCCUCCUUGCAACAUACUUAUUAACGGCCGUCUUCUUUUACAUACCGAGUGCUGCUCUUGCAGCUGUUAUAAUCCACGCUGUUGGAGACCUUAUCACGCCCCCAAACACGAUUUAUCAAUUCUGGAGAGUCUCACCGAUUGAAGUCUUUAUCUUCUUCACCGGAGUAGUCGUCAGCAUCUUUGCGCACAUCGAGGCUGGACUGUAUGCCACAGUUCUGUUCUCAGGUGCUGUAUUCCUGUAUCGAAUUCUCAAGGCCCACGGUCGAUUCAUGGGCAAAGUCAAAGUUCACUCGGUUAUCGGGGAUCAUGUUAUUGGAGACCAUCAUCGCAAAGUUGUCGGAAAAUUUGAGACGACAGAGAAUUUGGACAUAUCAGCACGAAACGUGUUUCUUCCACUCGACCAUGACGAUGGCUCGAACCCUGAAGUCGAAGUCGGCCACCCGUAUCCUGGAAUAUUUAUCUACAGAUUCUCUGAAGGCUUCAAUUACCCAAAUGCCAAUUCUUCACUGGACUAUCUUGCCGAUUUCAUCCAGUCCAAUACUCAGCGCAGCAGUCCCGAAGCGUUUGAACGACCGGGAGAUAGGCCAUGGAACAAUCCAGGACCUAGAAAAUCGGCAAAACGACCUGUGCAUGUUGACGCGGACUCGGUCCUUCCGAUGUUGAAAGCAGUGGUCAUGGAUUUCAGUUCUGUAAAUAACGUCGAUAUCACCUCGAUACAACGACUGAUUGAUAUACGGAACCAACUUGAUUCAUACGCCUCUCCAAAUGGAGUCGACUGGCAUUUUGCCUGCAUAAACAACCGUUGGACCAAGCGGGCUCUUAUAGCAGCAGGUUUUGGAGUGCCUUGCAGGCCUGGUGAAGAUGGAUUACAACGGAGAUGGAAGUCUAUCUUUAGCGUGGCAGAGAUUGGGGAUAGAGACUCAGCGCUAGCUGAAGAGACGAACUCUCACGGCAUUGCACCCCGAGAUUCCGAUAUCAUAGAAGAAGAACCUCUGGUAGGGGGAGUGCCUUCUGUACGAUUUUAUGGAUCCAUAUCACCCGGCGAGUUGGAGAAGCAGAGGCGGAGAGGUGCUGUUGUUCACGGCCAGAACAAGCCUCUAUUCCAUGUGGACUUGACGAGUGCUUUACAGAGCGCCAUCGCCAAUGUUGAAGAGAGACCAGUCCAGGAAUAA